AUGAAUAACCAGCAUCAAUCUCAGCAGAAUAAGUAUUUUAAAGUUUCGAACCAGAGUUCAACGAGAAGUCUUUGGUCUCAACAACAACAACAGCAAUUAUUAGACAGUAAAGGGAAUACAACUAAUUCCAAAACACCAAUGCUAAUGGCAAAUAACAAUGUUUUCUCAAUCGGACCGUAUCGACAAAGAAAGGAUGUUAGCAGGGUUUCAGUCCUGGAGAAAUAUGAGAUUAUAGGAUACAUUGCGGCAGGUACAUAUGGUAAAGUUUACAAGGCAAAGGUGAAAUCUCCCAUGAAUGAUCAAGAGAAUAAGCUGAUAUCCCAUAAUGGACCUAUAGGAAUGUCUUCGUCUAAUCUAGAUACUAGGCGUGGGAAUUUAGCAUUAAGAAUAGUGGGUAAUAGAAGUUCUGAUCUGCUGCGACUUGACGACAAUACGUCAAAGGACACAUUGCCGUCCACCAAUAAUGCAAUGAUAGGUGGACAACCUCAUCCUGGAAGAUCUAGUACUACAAUUAAGUCAUCACCAAAAAAGAAUGUUUCAACCCCAUUUUUUGCCAUUAAAAAAUUCAAGACUGAAAGAGAGGGAGCUGAACAACUUCAUUAUACAGGUAUAUCUCAAAGUGCUUGCAGAGAGAUGUCAUUGUGUCGAGAAUUGAACAAUAAGCACCUAAUCAAGUUAGUUGAAAUAUUUUUGGAAAAGAAGAGUAUUUACAUGGUGUCAGAGUUUGCUGAACAUGACCUUUUACAAAUAAUUCAUUUUCAUUCACAUCCAGAAAAACGAUUAAUCCCUCCAAGGACGCUCAAGUCAAUCAUGUGGCAAAUAUUGGAUGGAGUUUCUUACCUGCAUCAAAAUUGGAUCUUGCAUAGAGAUUUGAAGCCCGCUAAUAUCAUGGUCACAGUUGAUGGUUGUGUAAAGAUUGGUGAUUUAGGAUUGGCACGAAAAUUUUAUAAUAUGGUUCAAACAUUGUACACCGGCGACAAAGUUGUUGUUACAAUAUGGUAUAGAGCACCAGAGUUACUGCUUGGUGCCCGCCACUACUCUCCAGCCAUCGAUCUUUGGGCUGUUGGUUGUAUCUUUGCUGAGUUAAUAGGUCUACGUCCAAUAUUUAAAGGUGAAGAAGCUAAAAUGGAUUCCAAGAAAAGUGUACCGUUUCAAGGUAACCAACUUCAAAGAAUAUUAGAAGUUCUUGGUACUCCAACCCCACAAACAUGGCCAAAUAUCCAUAAAUAUCCAGAAUAUGAACAGUUGGCCAAAUUCUCAAAAUAUAGAGAUAAUUUACCCGUGUGGUAUCAUUCAUCAGGUGGAAGAGACAAAGCAACUUUGGACCUUUUGUACCAUUUGUUGAGAUACGAUCCAAUCUCAAGAAUUGAUGCAAUAGAUGCUUUAGAACACGAAUACUUUUGUAAUAAUGACCCGCCUGUUUCAGAAGACGUAUUUGAAGGACUGAACUAUAAAUAUCCUCCAAGGAGGAUACAUACAAACGAUAAUGACAUAAUGAACGCUGGAGCCAAUAAAAGCAAAAAUGUAUUUAGCCACCAUCCACCGCAGCAACAGGCUGCAAAUAACAAUGGAAUUACAAACAAUUCAAUUGGGGGUUUAGGAGUUAACAGACGUAUUUUAGCCGCUGCCGCUGCUGCUGCUGCUGCAGUUCAAGGAAAUGGUAGUAACAUGUCAUCAGGAGGUACUUCAUCAGGCGGUCCUUUGAGAAAAAAGAAGCGUUAA